AGACUUAAAAAAGCUUGCAUUCUCCUUCCAUGGCAGAGCCUUAUCAGCAAGAAGACUACUACUACAACCACACAGGCACCCAAUCACGAACAGGGAAGCCAAAUCCUACUACUUCUCAGGUUCUAGCACUCGCCACUCUUGUCCCAUUCGGAGCUUCUCUCCUCAUCCUCGCCGGCCUCACCCUUGCCGCCACCGUCAUCGGCCUCACCAUCACCGCCCCGCUCUUCGUCAUCUUCAGCCCCAUCUUGCUCCCGGCAGCCCUGCUCAUCGGUUUAGCCGUCGCAGGGUUUGUAACAUCUGGGGCAUUCGGGGUCACCUCUCUCUCUUCGUUUGCUUGGCUGGCAAACUACCUCCGCCGCACGCGGUUGCUGGAGCGCCUCAAACCGCCGCUUCAGGCGGCUGCCGAGACCAUGGCCCAGAGAGCUGGGGAAGUUGUUGAAAGUGUGGAGAGCAAAGCCCAGGAGAUGGCCCAGGCGGCCCAGAGCGAGGCCCGUGACGAUGGAAAAGCAGCCCAAACUGAGAGCAGGGUCAGAAAAACGGGCCUGGACGUCCAGAGUGAUUCUCGUGAAGCAGCAAAAGCCUAG